AUGGUGAGUCCCUUGACGGACGCUGCGCGGGCCAAGAAGCUCUCGCGGCUGAUGCACGGAUGGCUCUCCGAGGACCUGCAGCUGUCACUGCCCAAGUUGGAAUCAACCAAGGGUCGCAUCUACACCUUCGCAGCCUUCCUAGGAGUGCUGAGAGCAUCAUCUCCCAUCUUCAAGCAGCGCAAGGCCUUGCGGGACCUGGCCGUGAGAUGUCCUUUGUCCUGCCGCUUUCCCACGACGCACACGGGGAAGCUGAUCCACUACGAAGAUGUGCACGUGGCGCUAGGGGAGGUGAUCGACACUGAUGAUGGGAUGAACAAUGAUAAGAUGUGGAGGUUUCUGGUAUGGAUCUUCUUGGGGAAUGGAGGUCAUCAGCACCAGGCCUGGAAGGCGCUUCGUAACACUUGGGCCACGCGGAGAUAUGUGAAGGACCGGCGGCAAGCCCUCAGUGUACUACGCUUCGUGAGUACGGCCGUGUGCCGUCUUGGUGGCGUCAUGAAAGUCAUCGGCUCCGACGGCCUGGACAAGAAGUUCCGCCUCUCCCAGGACCGCUUCCUCUGGUUGUGCGACUGGCACGCUGCGGUGCCCCAGCUGGUGGCAACUUUCCAGGAGAGCCCCGAGAGCUUCCGACACACGUUGAAGAGCCUCAAGGGUCUUCGCGGAGACCUGAGCCAAAAGGAGGUUUUGAUCAUUCUGGGUGCCUCGCGGCAGCGACACCUCCGGGAGGUGGGGCAAAGCCUGCUGCCUUUUGGACAAGGAGCAAGAAAUGGGGCCUUUGUCUUCCUGGGCAUCCCGCUGAAGCAGGGAAAAGCGGCCGCCCAGUACUACGAGAGAGAGCUGACCAAGCACUGCAAACAACUGGAGGAGGCGGUGAGGGAACUCUUCCCAUCGCUGCCGCAAAACAUGUGCCAAGUAUCCCUUGGCGACAUUGAGCCCUGCUUGUGUGGCGCAUUCAUCUAUGCCAAACAGGUGGAGCGGCUUCGCAAGACCUUGCCGUGUCGCUGGACCUGGUCCGGUCACCGCUCCGAUGACUGCUGGGCGCAAGUGGAGAAGCUCCCGGUGCCGGCCGGCUUCAUCCCCUAUGGGCGAGAUGGCAAGCCGGAGAGCGUCGGCAGCGGAGCGGCGGCCAAGGUCAUGGCCCAAUGCCCCAAGAAGACGGCGCCGGUGAGGGGCCAACUGACCAAGCGCCGCCUACUGCGACUCUGGAAACUGGAGUCAGAAUGGCCUAGGAGAGACCAAUUCACAGCUCCCAAGUUGUUGAUCGACAUGGGAAACCAAGUGCCUCGGUAUGCUGGGGAUGCCUGGCAGCGUGCCGCCAGGCCCAUGCGCCGCAUGCGCCGCAUGCGCGGCCGGUUGUCGAUGCCGUGCGACCACUUCCGGCGCUGCUCGACAGCGGAGGGUGGGGCUGGUCUCAUCGAGCAACUGCCGGGGAAACGCCUCAGGUUCUUGAAGAGCAGGUGUCAGCUUGGAAGUUUGAGGAACUGGAGGGGUGUGGAUGCUCAGAGCACCAUGCCGGACCAUGCCACACCAUCCCGAGGUGUUGUCGGUGUGGCUUGGGAUCCCACCACGUUCCACUUCGAUGCUGUCUCCGUGGCCCGUGAGGGGAGGGUGUCCAUGUCCGACAAGAGCGCAAGAGCUGUCCAGUUUCCAACUGGUUCAAGCCGCGACACCCCUCCUAGCACUGAAGAAGCCGCGUGUCGCGGGGCCAGGGCACUUCCCGAGGUUCGUUUUAUGGACUCCUUGGCCCUGAGGAGAUGGGAGAUGGACAGCAUGUCGUCCUGGAUGCUGCAAUUUCUCCUCGCAAUCACCUUGGCAGCCGUCAGCAUCUCCUUCCUGACCAGCACGGGGAUCAUUAGUCGAUGUCCCAUUUGUGCCAGCGCCGAGUAUGGCGCCUGUGCCGCUGCACAGGACGGCGACCUGCAGGGAGCUAAUAUGAAUGACAGGCUCCUAGAUUCAACAGAUUCGAGAUGA